AUGUCUUUGAUUAUCCAAAGAGAAAAAGCAUAUGAUCAAGAAAUUGUCAGAUUCAUCGCUCGAUGCGUUGAGAAACGCAAAAGGCCGUAUGGGGCAUUACAUCUCCAACAGUUAAAAAUUUUACUUCAUUUAAGAUUCGGAAAAAUUUUACCAACUAAUCAAAUUAUGAAUAUUAUUAUAAACUUGCCUCCUCCACUUCCGAUAAUUCAACUUUGGAGAUCACCUCUCCUAUUUCUCCGGACACCACCCGGGUUUUAA